AUGAAACCCAGUGUGUUGUGGCCGGCGUUUUGCUAUUGGCUCAUAAAGAGGCGCACGGAGCUGGAGAGGCAGGUGCAGCGUGGGCCGUCAGCACUUCUGCUUGUGCACGCAGCUCUUCAUGGACUCACGGAGGACGAGGCUUUUCAGGAGCUAAAGCUGAAUAUCAAGAGCUGGAUCCACGCAGGCCGUGGUCAGGGGAAACGUAGAACUCACCUUCAACUCCUCCAGCUCCUGCUCUCUCUCCCUCACUCUCUCCCUCACUCUCUCCCUCACUCUCUCCCUCACUCUCUCCCUCCUCACUCUCCCUCCACUCUCUCCCCCUCCACUCUCUUCCCCCCUCCACUCUCUUCCUCCACUCUCUCCCCCUCCACUCUCUUCCUCCUCACUCUCUUCCUCCUAACUCUCUCCCUCCAUUCUCUCCCUCCACUCUCUCCCUCCAUUCUCUCCCUCCACUCUCUCCCUCCACUCUCUCCCCCCUCACUCUCUCCCUCACUCUCUCCCUCCUCACUCCCCCUCCACUCUCUUCCUCCUAACUCUCUCCCUCCAUUCUCUCCCUCCUCAUUCUCUCCCUCCUCACUUUCUCUCCCUCCACUCUCUCCCUCCUCACUCUCUCCCUCCUCACUCUCUCCCUUCACUCUCUCCCUCCACUCUCUCUCCCUCCACUCUCUCUUCCUCCACUCUCUCCCCUCUCACUCUCUCCCUCCUCACUCUCCCUCCACUCUCUCCCCCUCCACUCUCUCCCUCCACUCUCUCCCCCUCCACUCUCUUCCUCCUCCACUCUCUCUCCUCCUAACUCUCUCCCUCCAUCUCUCUCCCUCCACUCUCUCCCUCCAUUCUCUCCCUCCACUCUCUCCCUCCUCAUUCUCUCCCUCCUCACUUUCUCUCCCUCCAUUCUCUCCCUCCACUCUCUCCCUCCUCACUCUCUCCCUCCUCACUCUCCCUUCACUCUCUCCCUCCUCACUCUCUCCCUCCUCACUCUCCCUCCACUCUCUCCCUCCACUCUCCCUCUCCCUCCUCCCUCUCCCCCUCUCUCCCUCCACUCUCUCUCCCUCCUCACUCUCCCUUCACUCUCUCCCUCCUCACUCUCUCCCUCCUCACUCUCCCUCACUCUCUCCCUCCUCACUCUCUCCCUCCUCACUCUCUCCCUCCACUCUCUCCCUCCACUCUCUCCCUCCACUCUCUCCCCCUCCACUCUCUCCCUCACUCUCUCCCUCCACUCUCUCUCCCUCCACUCUCUCCCCCUCCACUCUCUCCCUCCACUCUCUCCCUCCACUCUCUCCCCCUCCUCCACUCUCCCCCUCCUCCACUCUCUCCCUCCUCACUCUCCCUUCACUCUCUCCCUCCUCACUCUCUCCCUCCUCACUCUCUCCCUCCACUCUCUCCCUCCACUCUCUCCCUCCACUCUCUCUCCCCUCCACUCUCUCCCUUCACUCUCUCCCUCCACUCUCUCUCCCUCCACUCUCUCCCUUCACUCUCCCCCUCCACUCUCUCCCUUCACUCUCUCCCUCCACUCUCUCCCUCCACUCUCUCCCCUCCUCCACUCUCCCCCUCCUCCACUCUCCCCCUCCUCCACUCUCUCCCUCCUCACUCUCCCUUCACUCUCUCCCUCCUCACUCUCUCCCUCCUCACUCUCUCCCUCCACUCUCUCCCUCCACUCUCUCCCUCCACUCUCUCCCCCUCCACUCUCUCCCUUCACUCUCUCCCUCCACUCUCUCCCUCCACUCUCUCCCCCUCCACUCUCUCCCUCCACUCUCUCCCUCCACUCUCUCCCUCCACUCUCUCCCUCCACUCUCUCCGCCUCCUCCACUCUCUCCCUCCACCUCCCCCUCCUCCACUCUCUCCCCCUCCACUCUCUCUCCCUCCACUCUCUCCCUCCACUCUCCGCCUCCUCCACUCUCUCCCCCUCCACUCUCCGCCUCCUCCACUCUCUCUCCCUCCACUCUCUCCCUCCACUCUCCGCCUCCUCCACUCUCUCCCCCUCCACUCUCCGCCUCCUCCACUCUCUCCCCCUCCACUCUCCGCCUCCUCCACUCUCCGCCUCCUCCACUCUCUCCCUCCACUCUCCUCCCUCCACUCUCCUCCCCUCCUCCACUCUCCCCCUCCUCCACUCUCUCCCUCCUCACUCUCCUUCACUCUCUCCUCACUCUCUCCCCCCUCUCUCUCCCUCCACUCUCUCCCCCUCCACUCUCUCCCUCCUCCACUCCUCCUCCACUCUCCCCCUCCUCCACUCUCCCCCCCUCCACUCUCUCCUCUCCCACUCUCCCUUCACUCUCUCCCUCCACUCUCUCCCCCUCCACUCUCUCUCCCUCCCCUCUCCCUCCACUCUCCGCCUCCUCCACUCUCCGCCUCCUCCACUCUCUCCCUCCACUCUCUCCCUCCACUCUCUCCCCCUCCUCCACUCUCCCCCUCCUCCACUCUCUCCCUCCUCACUCUCCCUUCACUCUCUCCCUCCACUCUCCCCCCUCCACUCUCUCCCUCCACUCUCUCCCCCCUCCUCCACUCUCUCCCUCCACUCUCUCCCCCUCCACUCUCUCCCUUCACUCUCUCCCUCCACUCUCUCCCUCCACUCUCUCCCCCUCCACUCUCUCCCUCCACUCUCUCCCUCCACUCUCUCCCUCCACUCUCUCCCUCCACUCUCUCCCCCACUCUCCGCCUCCUCCACUCUCUCCCUCCACUCUCCCCCUCCUCCACUCUCUCCCCCUCCACUCUCUCUCCCUCCACUCUCUCCCUCCACUCUCCGCCUCCUCCACUCUCUCCCCCUCCACUCUCCGCCUCCUCCACUCUCUCUCCCUCCACUCUCUCCCUCCACUCUCCGCCUCCUCCACUCUCUCCCCCUCCACUCUCCGCCUCCUCCACUCUCUCCCCCUCCACUCUCCGCCUCCUCCACUCUCCGCCUCCUCCACUCUCUCCCUCCACUCUCUCCCUCCACUCUCCCCCUCCUCCACUCUCCCCCUCCUCCACUCUCUCCCUCCUCACUCUCCCUUCACUCUCUCCCUCCACUCUCUCCCCCUCCACUCUCUCCCUCCACUCUCUCCCUCCUCCACUCUCUCCCUCCACUCUCCCCCCCCUCCUCCACUCUCCCCCCUCCUCCACUCUCCCCCUCCUCCACUCUCCCCCCUCCUCCACUCUCUCUCCCUCCUCACUCUCCCUUCACUCUCUCCCUCCACUCUCUCCCCCUCCACUCUCUCCCUCCACUCUCUCCCCCUCCACUCUCCGCCUCCUCCACUCUCCGCCUCCUCCACUCUCUCCCUCCACUCUCUCCCUCCACUCUCCCCCUCCUCCUCCACUCUCCCCCUCCUCCACUCUCUCCCUCCUCACUCUCCCUUCACUCUCUCCCUCCACUCUCUCCCCCUCCACUCUCUCCCUCCACUCUCUCCCUCCUCCACUCUCUCCCUCCCUCCACUCUCCCCCUCCUCCACUCUCCCCCUCCUCCACUCUCCCCCUCCUCCACUCUCUCCCUCCUCACUCUCCCUUCACUCUCUCCCCCUCCACUCUCCCCCUCCACUCUCCGCCUCCUCCACUCUCUCCCUCCACUCUCUCCCUCCACUCUCUCCCUCCACUCUCCCCCUCCUCCACUCUCCCCCUCCUCCACUCUCCCCCUCCUCCACUCUCUCCCCCUCCACUCUCCGCCUCCUCCACUCUCUCCCUCCUCCACUCUCUCCCUCCACUCUCUCCCUCCUCACUUUCUCUCCCUCCAUUCUCUCCCUCCACUCUCUCCCUCCUCACUCUCUCCCCUCCACUCUCUCCCUCCACUCUCCCCCUCCUCCACUCUCUCCCCCUCCACUCUCCGCCUCCUCCACUCUCUCCCCCUCCACUCUCCGCCUCCUCCACUCUCCCCCUCCUCCACUCUCUCCCUCCACUCUCUCCCUCCAUUCUCUCCCUCCACUCUCUCCCUCCACUCUCUCCCUCCUCACUCUCUCCCUCCACUCUCUCUCCUCUCACUCUCUCCCUCCUCACUCUCCCUCCACUCUCUCCCCCUCCACUCUCUCCCCCUCCACUCUCUCCCUCCACUCUCUCCCCCUCCACUCUCUUCCUCCUCACUCUCUUCCUCCUAACUCUCUCCCUCCAUUCUCUCCCUCCACUCUCUCCCUCCACUCUCUCCCUCCACUCUCUCCCUCCUCAUUCUCUCCCUCCUCACUUUCUCUCCCUCCAUUCUCUCCCUCCACUCUCUCCCUCCUCACUCUCUCCCUCCUCACUCUCCCUUCACUCUCUCCCUCCUCACUCUCUCCCUCCUCACUCUCCCUCACUCCCUCCCUCCACUCUCUCCCCCUCCACUCUCUCCCUCCACUCUCUCCCUCCACUCUCUCCCUCCACUCUCCGCCUCCUCCACUCUCUCCCUCCACUCUCCCCCUCCUCCACUCUCUCCCCCUCCACUCUCUCUCCCUCCACUCUCUCCUCCCCCACUCUCCGCCUCCUCCACUCUCUCCCCCUCCACUCUCCGCCUCCUCCACUCUCUCUCCCUCCACUCUCUCCCUCCACUCUCCGCCUCCUCCACUCUCUCCCCCUCCACUCUCCGCCUCCUCCACUCUCUCCCCCUCCACUCUCCGCCUCCUCCACUCUCCGCCUCCUCCACUCUCUCCCUCCACUCUCUCCCUCCACUCUCCCCCUCCUCCACUCUCUCCCUCCUCACUCUCCCUUCACUCUCUCCCUCCACUCUCUCCCUCCACUCUCUCCCUCCACUCUCUCCCUCCUCCACUCUCUCCCUCCACUCUCUCCCUCCACUCUCUCCCCCUCCACUCUCUCCCUCCACUCUCUCCCUCCACUCUCUCCCUCCACUCUCCGCCUCCUCCACUCUCUCCCUCCACUCUCCCCCUCCUCCACUCUCUCCCCCUCCACUCUCUCUCCCUCCACUCUCUCCCUCCACUCUCCGCCUCCUCCACUCUCUCCCCCUCCACUCUCCGCCUCCUCCACUCUCUCUCCCUCCACUCUCUCCCUCCACUCUCCGCCUCCUCCACUCUCUCCCCCUCCACUCUCCGCCUCCUCCACUCUCUCCCCCUCCACUCUCCGCCUCCUCCACUCUCCGCCUCCUCCACUCUCUCCCUCCACUCUCUCCCUCCACUCUCCCCCUCCUCCACUCUCCCCCUCCUCCACUCUCUCCCUCCUCACUCUCCCUUCACUCUCUCCCUCCACUCUCUCCCUCCAGUCUCUCCCUCCACUCUCUCCCUCCACUCUCUCCCUCCUCCACUCUCUCCCUCUACUCUCUCCCCCUCCACUCUCUCCCUCCACACUCUCCCUCCACUCUCUCCCUCCACUCUCCGCCUCCUCCACUCUCUCCCCCUCCACUCUCCGCCUCCUCCACUCUCUCUUCCCACGAGUGUUAAAAUAUGUAAUAAGUCUGUAAUUAUAAAAGUCAUGGAGUCUCAAUAUUUGCAGUCCCUAUGGUUUGUCCUCUGA